ACAUUACUUUCUUUUAUGAAUGUGAUUUCUAAAAAAAAAAAAAAAAAAUGAAACAGUUAAAACUUAUAGAUUUUGUUUUUUUCUUGUUCUUUUUUACUGAAUCCCUAACUCUACCCACAAAGCCUCAGGAUGUAGAUGACUCCAGGAUCACCCAGAAAUUUAUAGAAGAGAAUAUUGAAUACAUUGCCAUCAUUGCAUUUGCUCAAUAUGUCCAGGAAGCAACCUUCGAAGAUGUGGAAAUUCUGGUGAAAGACAUGGUAGAAUACAAAGAUAGAUGUGUGGCUAACAAGACACUCCCAGAGUGUUUCAAAUUACCUAAUAAUGUUUUACAGGAAAAAAUAUGUGCUAUGGAGGGGUUGCCACAAAAGCAUAAUUUUUCACACUGCUGCAGUAAGGUUGACUUUGAAAGAAGACCCUGUUUCUUCUUUAACAAGAAAGCUGAUGUAGGAUUUCUGCCUCCUUUCCCUACUCUGGAUCCUGAAGAGAAAUGCCAGGCUUUUAAAAAUAGCAGAAAAUCUUUUCUAAAUCACUAUAUUUAUGAAAUUGCCAGAAGGAACCCGUUUGUCUUUGCCCCUACACUUCUGAGUGUUGCUGCUCGAUUUGAGGAGGUAGCUAACACGUGCUGUGAAGAGCGACACAAAGUCAGCUGCUUUCAAACGAGGGCAGCAGCUGUCAUCCAAUAUUUAAAAGCAUUUUCUUCUUAUCAAAAGAAUGUCUGUGGGGCAUAUUUGAAAUUUGGAACCAAAGUCUUAAACUUUAUAAAUAUUGCUGUACUCAGUCAAAAAUUUCCGAAGAUUGAAUUUAAGGAACUUACCUCCCUCAUAGAAGAUGUUUCUUCCAAGUAUGAAGGAUGUUGUGAGGGGGAUGUUGUCCAGUGCAUCCGUGACACGAGCAAGGUUAUGAACCACAUUUGUUCAAAACAAGACUCCAUCUCCAGCAAAAUCAAAGAGUGCUGUGAAAAGAAAAUGCCAGAGCGUGGCGAAUGCAUAAUUAACUCAAACAAAGAUGACAGACCAAAGGAUUUAAGAGAAGCAAAAUUCACUGACAGUGAAAAUAUAUGUCAAGAACGAGAUACUGACCCAGACAACUUCUUUGCUGAAUUUACUUAUGAAUACUCAAGGAAUCAUCCAGAUCUGUCUAUACCAGAGCUUUUAAGAAUUGCUAAUAUAUACCAGGAUCUCCUGAGCAAUUGCUGCAACACAGAAAACCCUCCAGGUUGUUAUCGUCAUGCUGUAAGUCCUAUCAUUGUAGGCAUUUCUCUACCAUUUUAUAAGAGAGCUGAGGUUCACGUUGCACUUACAUUGGUUGCCUCUAGACGUGAAGGACCUGGGUUUCAGUCGCUGUUCAAGGGAGAAUGGGUAUCUGUUUUCAUUUGGAACCAAACAGACAAAUGUUCUUUCAGCUACCUUAUCAGACUCACAAAGACAGCCCCUCAGCUCUCCACUGAAGAACUCAUCUCUCUUGGAGAGAAAAUGGUGAUGGCUUUGACUACCUGCUGCACGCUAAGUGAAGAGUUUGCCUGUGUUGAUAAUUUGGUGGAUUUAGUUCUUGGAGAGUUAUGUGGAAUAAAUGAAAAUCGAACCAUCAACCCUGCUGUGGACCACUGUUGUAAAACAAAUUUUGCCUUCAGAAGGCACUGCUUUGAGGGUCUGAAAGCUGAUAAAACAUAUAUACCUCCACCUACCACUAAAGAUUUAUUUACAUUUAACGCAGACUUGUGUCAGGCUCAGGAUGAGGAACUUCAGAGAAAGAAAGACAGGUUUCUUGUCAACUUAGUGAAGCUGAAGCGUGAACUCACAGAUGAGGAGCUGCAGUCUUUGUUCACGAGUUUUGCUAAUGCCGUGGAGAAGUGCUGCAGUGCAGAGGGCCCUGAAGCCUGCUUUAAUGAAGAGGGUCCCAAAAUUGGCAGCUGAAGCCAGGUUGCUUGAGGAAUGCAAAGUAGAAAGCACCAAAGCAAUGACCAACUUAUAAGCUUCCUAGUUGUCCUGUGGUGAAUUUUGUUUUCUGAGAAGAACAAAGUAAAAGGAGUCUUCUUCAGUCUUCACCUGAAAUCAUAUUAUUAUAGCAAGCAAUAAACACAAAGUUGUAAAGUUA